GGUUCCACAGCAGCUCCAGAGAUGUGAUGCACCUGGGACCCCGGCUGACUGUUCCUCACCCCCCCAAUGAGAAGCCUGCUGCAGUGAAGUGAAGCUAACUCAUAUUUUCUGGAUAAAGUGAGCGGAUCUAAGGCACAGAAAAUGUCAGGUAGGGAGGCCUUCAUCACCCUGGCAACCACAAACUCCUACUGCAUGGGAGCUACAGUGGUGGCCAGAAGUUUGCGGCGCCACGGGACGACUCGCAGCAUCGUCGUCAUGGUAACACCCAAUGUCUCAGAGCAGUCAAGGCUGGCCCUGCAGAGUGUCUUCGACGAGGUGAUCACCGUGGACGUGAUGGACAGUGAGGACCGUCUCAACCUGUCCCUGCUGGGACGUCCUGAGCUGGGCAUCACCUUCACCAAGAUCCACUGCUGGACUCUGACCCAGUACAGCAAGUGUGUGUUCCUGGAUGCCGACACACUGGUCCUGUGUAACGUGGACGAGCUGUUCCACAGAGACGAGCUGUCGGCGGCUCCGGACCCCGGCUGGCCCGACUGCUUCAAUUCCGGGGUGUUUGUGUUCAGACCGUCCCUGCACACACACCACAGCCUCCUGGAGCACGCCCGGCAGCACGGCAGCUUCGAUGGAGGGGACCAGGGCCUUUUGAAUUCUUUCUUCAGCGGCUGGCCGGUGGAAGACAUCAGCAAACACCUGCCGUUCAUCUACAACCUCAGCGCCAGCUCCCUGUACAGCUACCUGCCCGCUUUCCAACAGUUUGGCCACGAUGCAAAGAUUGUGCACUUCCUAGGAUCAGUGAAGCCCUGGAGCAGCAGCAGCCAGAGGGAGGGCGGCCACUCAAACAUGGAGCAGUUUUUGUCUCUGUGGUGGAGGGAAUACCGCAGCAACACGGAAUCAUCUGCAGCAGAGACGCCACAGCAGACCCAAAAGAAAGAAGCUAAGAUGCCAGUUGUGCUGAAGAUGAAAAAGAGAAAGGCCAAGUUGCCAGUGAAAGGAAAACUGGUCAACUCUGGUCCACUGGCAGCACAUCUUUCCCCGCUUCAAAAGGGACUCCAUGCACCGCCUGACCCAGAGAUAGUCCAAAAGCGAAAAGCCAAGGUGCCAGGGAAAGAAACCUCAAACAUUUCAAAUUCAAAAUUGCCCACAAAUCUUCCCCCUCUUCAAAACGAGCUCCGUUUACCAUCCGACCCAGAGACCGUCCAAAAGAGAAAAGCCAAGGUGCCAGUGAAAGAAAACUCUAACAUUUCAGAUUCACUGCCCGCAAAUCUUCCCCCUCUUCAAAACGAGCUCCGUUUACCAUCCGACCCAGAGACAGUAAGCCCAGAGACAAUCCAAAAGAGAGAAGCCAAGGUGCCAGUGAAAGAAAUCUUGGACAUUUCCGAUUCCCUACCAACGCCUCUUCCCCCUCUUCUUAACGUGUUCGAUUUACCGUCUGACACAGAGACAGGUUCUGAGGAAGAGUCCCCCCCCAAAAGGACCCAGACCCAGGACCUGGCUUCAGAGGAAGAGGAGCCUGAGGACAGCGAUGACCUCUCUGACAUUGAGGAACUUCCUAGGGCCGAGGAGACGGAGGCCGAGCGGCUGGAGCACCGCCAGCUGUGGGAGGCGGGCCAGGCCGACUACCUGGGCCGAGACGCCUUCAAGAACAUCCAGAAGAUGCUCGACCGCUUCCUGGACUAACUGCUCACACACAGGAACCACUCUGCAACCAAACACACCUGAGCCAGCGAUUAGUCUAGGCCCAGUGCUCAUAAUACACGACUGAUUUAUGACUAACUAAUAAAGCAUUUUUGAAAUGUUGUAAAACA